AUGCCAGGUUUUGAGGAUACACCUCUGUCAGCAGCUUAUAAAGAUGACUAUUAUAUAUAUCAAUCGUAUGAUGGAUUAAUUCAAACCGCUGGAGUAGAGUAUCCUCUAAAUUCAGAUUCGGCGAGUUCUUGCAAGAGUUCUUUAAAUGAAAACUAUCAAAAUUCUUCGUGGUGUGCUGAUAAUGGAGCUUCUAUAUCAGACUGUGAAAUUAAAGAUAUAUUCCUGGAGUUACAAUCUGUAUUCGGUUUCCAAAAAGAUAACACAUCAAAUAUGUAUGAAUUUCUUAUGGUAUUACUCGACUCAAGGUCAAGCAGAAUGAGUUGCAAAAUGGCACUUCAAAGUCUACAUGCAGAUUACAUUGGAGGAGAUAGAUCAAACUUCAAAAAGUGGUACUUUGCUGUUCAUAUCCACGCUGAUCCAAAUAUUAUUGUUACUAAGUCUUCAUCAAACAAAGAGAGUCUCGAUACAAAUUAUAUAAAUGAGAAUGAAGGAUCUCUUAUGGAAUUAGACAAUAAAUGGAGGAAGAGAAUGAAUGAACUAACUGAUAUUGACUAUAUUUAUCAAAUAGCACUAUACUUACUUAUUUGGGGUGAAGCAAAUAAUGUUAGAUUCAUGCCAGAGUGUAUCUGUUUUAUUUACCAAUGUGGAUUGGAUUAUUUAAUGCAUAUAAGAAGUCUGCAUCAACUUAUUGUAACAGAAGAAUUGAAAUUUCUUGAUAAUAUUAUAACUCCACUUUACAACUAUAUUAGAGACCAGCAAUAUGUUUUAGUAAAUAAUUCCUGGAAGAAAAAUACUAAAGAUCACAAGGAAAUUAUUGGGUAUGAUGAUGUCAAUCAAUUCUUUUGGAGUUCAAAAGAACUUUCAAAAUUAAGGCUUUCAAAUGGAAUAAAACUUUAUGAACUUCCAAAAACUGAAAGAUAUUCAAAUCUCAAAAACAUUUCUUGGAGAAAUGUAUUUUUUAAAACAUAUUUAGAAAGAAGAACAUGGAUUCAUACGUUGACUAAUUUCAGUCGGAUUUGGAUCAUACAUGUAACUAUGUUUUGGUAUUAUACAUCUUAUAACUCACCCACUUUAUAUACAAUUGGUUACAAUCAAUUAUUAGAUCAAAGUCCAGCUCCUCAAGUACAGAUAUCAGUAGUUGCACUUGGAGGUGCUUUAUCUGGAAUUCUUACUUUUGCGGCCAUUUUUGCAGAAAUUUUAUUUAUACCAAGAAGAUUCCCUAUCCCUACUCACUGGUUCUGGAGAUUAUUGUGCACUCUUUUAACAAUUCUCAUCAACACAGCACCAUCUGUAUACAUUUUCCUUUUUUUGCCUUUAGAUUCAUAUUCUAUACAUGGUACAAUAAUUGCUAUUGUUCAAUUUGUAAUUUCCAUAAUAACUUUUUUAUAUUUGGCAAUAAGGGAGCCUGCAAAAUUGUUUCUAGUUCAAAAUAAGAAAGAUUUAAAGAAGAGUUCUGUACAUGCAUUUGUUUCAUUAUUUCCCAACCUUAGAUUCAGAAGCAAAAUGUUCUCUUAUAUUUUGUGGAUAAGCGUUUUUGCAGCAAAAUUUUCCGAAUCAUAUUUCUUCUUAACUUUAAGUGUUAGAGAUCCUAUAAGAGUUCUCUCCAUUAUGAGAUUGGAUCGAUGUAUUGGAGAUGUGAUUUUUGGUACGUUAAUUUGUUCGCAACAAGCUAACAUAACUUUAUCAUUACUAUUUUUGACUGAUUUUAUACUUUUUUUCUUAGAUACUUACCUUUGGUAUAUUGUGUGUAAUUGUUUGUUUUCGGUCGGGUUAUCAUUUUCUUUGGGUAUAUCAAUUUUCACUCCAUGGAGAAAUAUAUUCUCAAGACUUCCGGAAAGAAUUUCAAGUAAGAUAAUCUUUUCUACAUGUGAUUCAAACAAAGCUUAUAUUCCAGUUGCCCAAAUAUGGAAUAGUAUAAUAGUUUCAAUGUUUAGAGAGCAUCUUCUAUCAUCUGAACAAGUAAAUAAAUUGGUGUUUCAAAACUUCGUGAGUUCCGGUUCUAAAAAUUCAACUAUGAAGCCACCACUAUUCUUUGUUUUUCAGGACGAUAACUCCUUUCAUAUGGGUGAUUUCUUCAAUCCAGGAAAAGAAGCAGAAAGAAGGAUUUCUUUCUUUGCUCAAUCUCUUUCCACUCCUUUGCCUGACACUUAUCCUAUUUUAGCAAUGCCUUCAUUUUCAGUGUUAGUCCCUCAUUACGCUGAAAAAAUUAUUUUGCAGCUUAAGGAAAUUAUUAAAGAAGACUCCAAUUCGAGAAUUUCACUUCUCAAUUAUUUACAGCAGCUCUAUCCCAAUGAUUGGGAAUGUUUUGUAAAAGAUUCAAAAGUGCUAGAUUAUUUAUCUUCUAGUGAUUAUGAUUUUGGUAACAUUUCACCUUCACAUUUUAAUUUAGAUAAUAAUUCGGCUAAAAGUGUAAAUUCUGAGCAUUAUUUUAAUAACAAAAUCAAUGAUCUACCGUAUUAUUGUGUUGGGUUUAAAUCCUCAAAUCCAGAAAAUACUCUUAGAACUAGAUUAUGGACUUCUUUGAGAUAUCAAACUUUAUAUCGAACUAUUUCUGGAUUCCUGAAUUAUGAAACGGCACUUCGAUUAUUGUAUUGUGCUGAAAAUACAAAAGAAUCCACAACUGACAUUAGUGAAGAAGAAUUAAAAACCUUUGUAUCUAGAAAGUUCACUUUAUUGAUUUCUAUGCAAAGAUUACAAGAUUUUAGUCAAUCAGAGUAUGAAGAUGUAUUCACUCUUCUCAAGUCCUAUCCGAAUACGAAUAUUGCUUACUUAGAGGAGGAAAUUAUUGAAGACGGACCAAUUAAUUAUUAUAGUACUUUGAUUGAUUCUGAAAGACUGAGAUUAACUUCUAAAAUAUGCAACAAAUAUAGAAUAAAGUUAUCUGGAAAUCCAAUUUUAGGAGAUGGUAAAUCAGAUAAUCAAAACAAUUCUAUUCCAUUUAUAAGAGGUGAAUACAUACAAGUAAUCGAUGCCAAUCAAGAUAAUUAUCUAGAAGAGUGUUUAAAGAUAAAGGCUGUUCUAGCAGAAUUCGAAGAAAUGAACCUUGACUCAAGCCUUGAAUAUAUAUCACAAAGUAAUAUUGAAACUUCUUCUAUAGCCAUAUUAGGUGCCAGAGAAUACAUCUUUUCAGAAAAUAUUGGAGUUUUAGGAGAUAUAGCUGCUGGAAAAGAACAAACCUUUGGUACUUUGUUUGCCAGAACUUUAGCUGAAAUAGGUGGUAAACUUCAUUAUGGACAUCCAGAUUUCAUAAAUACAAUAUUUAUGACAACGAGAGGAGGAGUAUCAAAGGCGCAGAAGGGUCUACACUUGAAUGAGGAUAUUUAUGCUGGAAUGACAGCGGUUUGUAGAGGAGGAAGGAUAAAACACUGCGAUUUCUACCAAUGUGGAAAAGGUAGGGAUUUGGGAUUUGGAACUAUUCUCAAUUUCACAACAAAGAUUGGCUCAGGUAUGGGUGAACAACUAUUGUCUAGAGAAUACUACUUUCUUGGGUCAUUCUUGCCUCUUGAUAUGUUUUUGUCAUUCUAUUAUGCACAUCCGGGAUUUCAUAUCAAUAACGUAUUUAUAAUACUUUCACUUCAAUUGUUCAUGUUGCUUCUCAUGAACUUAGGGUCUCUUGUUAAUGAAACGAUAUUAUGCGAUUAUAAUCCACUAUUGCCGGUUACUGAUGUUGAGAUUCCUAUUGGCUGCUAUAAUCUAAAACCUGUUCUCAACUGGAUAAGUCGAUUUGUUUUGUCAAUAUUCAUUUGUUUCUUCAUUUCAUUUAUGCCUUUAAUAAUUCAAGAAUUAUUAGAGAAAGGAAUAUUCUUAUCAGCAUAUAGAAUAUUUUAUCAUUUUAUUUCGAUGGCCCCCUUUUUUGAAGUCUUUGUAUGUCAAGUUUACGCAAAAUCAUUAAGUGAUAAUAUAAUGUAUGGAGGAGCGAGGUAUAUUGCUACCGGAAGAGGAUUUGCAACUUCUAGAAUUCCAUUUUCAAUUUUAUACAGUAGAUAUGCUGGAAUAUCCAUUUAUAAAGGUAUUAAGGUUUGUAUGAUAAUUGUCUUUUCUUGCAUUACAAUGUGGCAGUUAUCGCUUCUUUGGUUCUGGGUUACUGUUAUAUCUAUGAGCUUAGCACCUUUUAUAUUUAACCCACAUCAAUUUGUAUGGAGUGAUUUCUUCUUAGAUUAUAGGCAAUAUAUCAAAUGGCUCUCUAGUGGAAAUUCACGAAUUCAGAAAUCAUCAUGGGUAGAGUAUGUUAAACAACAACGCUCUCGAAUUAAAGGUACCAAAGGUGAAAAAAGAGUGCAAUCUACUAGAGGAGUGUCUGUACUAAAUCUUAUAUGUGGGGAUGCAUUCGUUAUGUUGAUUGAGUCUGUUUUGCUUAUGUCUUCAUUUUUAUUUAUUAACUCUCAAAAUGGUGUUAGAAAUUGGUCCAAAGUUAAUCCACUCUUAAGAAUAAUAGUAAUUUCUCUUUUCCCUUAUGCUACAAAUAUUUUAAUAUUGGUUUGUUGCUUUCUUAUUUCAAUUUUGUUCAUGCCAAUAUUCAGUUGUUGUUGUACUAAAGGACCAGCCAUUUUAGCUGGAACUGCUCAUUUUCUAUCAUUAUUAUUUAAUUUAAUCAGUAUUGAGGUUUUACUUUAUGUCGAAGGUUGGAAUUUCAGAAGGACCUGCUGUGGAAUUAUUUUUAUUAUGACGUUUCAUGAUCUUUUAAAUUCUAUUAUUGUCACACUAUCUCAAGGAAAAGAAUUAUCAGACUCCACCUCAAAUUUGGCAUGGUGGUCAGGAAAGUGGUUUGGAAGAGGUUUAGGAUCGAAAGCGAUAACUGGACCAUUUACAGAAUUCUUUGUAAAAGUGGUUGAACUUAACUUGUUUGUGAAAGACUUCUUAAUAGGGCAUAUACUUUUUUUCACACUAUUGCCCAUUGUAUAUAUCCCAUUUAUUGACAAAUGGCAUUCAACUAUGUUAUUUUGGCUAAAGAUUUCCAAAAGACUUAAUUAUAGAAUCUUUUCAAAGAGACAAAAAAGGAAACGAGCCUGGAAAACUUUCAAAUACUAUAUAUUACUUCAUUUACUAUUGUUAACAUUUUUAUUUCUCUUAAUAGCUCCACAUUUUAUUCAAUCUAAGAUACCGAACUUAUCAGAAUGUCUUCCUUGUAUUCCUCAAGGAUUAUUUCAACCUAAUUAUCAAAAUAAUAAUGAUACUGGACCCAAUGCACCGUGGUUUAUACCUUCAGCUAUACCACCUCCUUAUACUAUUCGCACUGUCCCAUAAAUGCUGCAAAAACACGCACAGAAAAAUUUCACAAUUUUUCAUUUGGUCGUGUCCAUGGAAAUAUAACAACAUUCUUAUUGUUUACGUUUCGG